AACCAAUGUCAGCAUCACUUGCGAUUGGCUAUUCUUCUGUCAAACUAUUACAGGCCCCUCCUCCUUUUCUUCCUUAUUUACCCUAAUAGUCCUAUUCCCCAUUCUUGAAAAAGAUGAGAGAGACCAUCUUCCUUUAGCUUGAAGAGAGAGAGAGAGAGAGAGAGAGAGAGAGAUUGAUCCAGAUCGAGCAGGAGGAGGAGGAGGAGGAGGAGGAGGAGGAGAUGGGUAGAGGGAAGAUAGAGAUACAGAAGAUAGAGAACGACACGAACAGGCAAGUGACCUACUCGAAGCGGAGGAAUGGCAUCUUCAAGAAAGCCCACGAGCUCACCGUCCUCUGCGACGCUAGGGUUUCCAUCCUCAUGCUCUCCGGCAACAAGAAGCUCCACGAGUACAUCAGCCCCACCACCACGACAAAAAGGAUGAUCGAUGAUUACCAGAAGGCUCUUGGGGUCGAUCUGUGGACUACCCACUACGAUAGAAUGCAAGAGGAGUUGAGGAAACUAAAGGAGGUCAAUAGCAAUCUCCGGAAGGAGAUAAGGCAAAUAUUGGGCCAUGAAUUGAACGACCUGAGCUUCACGGAACUGUACAGUCUUGAGCAAACAAUCGAGUCUUCCGUGCAGUCGGUGCGGCAAAGAAAGUACCAUGUCCUCAAGACUCAAACUGAUACUCACAAGAAAAAGGUGAAAGCCUUAGAGCAAAGAUAUGGAGGUCUCCUUCUAGAAUCCGGAGCUACAUAUGAGGAUCUGCAAUAUGGACUAGGUGAAGAUAUUGAGGGAGAUUAUGAAUCUGCCAUCACCAACUUGGCCAACCACAACGGAGCAUCGGCCAUGUAUGCUCUCCGGCUUCAUCCGAGUGACCAUGAUCUCUCCAGUGAAGGACACUUUCUGCCCGACUUGAGCCUUAAUUGAAGUCACGGUUUCAUGGUGCUACUUUGGGUGUUUUAUGUUUCUUUUUCUUAUGAACAUUUUCGGAAGUUCCACCUAAAUCUCAUGUUGGUAAUCUUCUUCGGGGGAUGUUAAGAAGUAAGACUAGAAAAGAGACAAGGACCAGGAGUCCGAGAGUUAACUGAAGUGCGUUCCUUCUUGCAAUUACUGUUAGUAUGUGGAUUUGAGAUCAGAAUAAUGGACAAGCUGUUGUCUA